AUGCUCAGCGUUAAUUUCGAUGGGAUCGAAGAACCGACGGUAAGAGAAUCGAAUACGGCAAUCACUCACUUAAAGGUGAUGAUCAGCCCUGAGAAUAUGGUGGUGGGAUAUUUAUGGAGUGCUCAAACCGGACGCGACAUCUAUAUGGUCAACCAAUUGACCACGCCUCACACGUAG